AUGUCAAAUGAACCUGUACAAGCCGAAGGGACAUCUCAAUAUCUUGGAAAGCAAUGGUUAGAACGAGCGAUUAAAGAAGGGCUUAUUAGAUGCAUUGAUUAUGGUAGGUUUCAAAAAAUAAAAGAUAAAAGCGAAGGUGGAUUCGGUAAAGUCAGUAGUGCCGAGUUGAUAUCAGGUGGUAUUAAAUUAACCGUGGCCCUAAAAAGUAUAAAGUCCCUUGAAUAUUCUCAAAAUGAUGAUAAUGAAAAAGGUUACAAGGAAUUUAUUAAAGAA